UGUGCUGCUGCAGCCGGGCAACGGAGAGGAGCGGAGAGCGAGGCCGGCCGAGGGGCUCUGACAAGCGGACACGACACCAGGACAAUGGCUGCCAACAUGCGUAUCCUCAUCAAGGGAGGGAAGGUGGUGAAUGAUGAUUUCACCCAGGAAGCAGACGUCUACAUCGAGAAUGGCAUCAUUCAGCAGGUUGGUAAGGAGCUGAUGAUCCCGGGCGGGGCGAAGGUGAUCGACGCCUCCGGGAAGCUGGUGCUGCCGGGCGGCAUAGACACCAGUGUGCACCUGGAGCAGACCUUCAUGAACGCCAGCAUCCAGGAGGACUUCUACAGUGGGACCAAGGCGGCUCUGAUGGGUGGCACCACCAUGGUGAUGGGUCUGGUCCUGCCUGAGCAACACUGCUCCCUGCUGGACGCCUACGAGCACUGCAGGGCCCUGGCCGACGCCAAGGCGUGCUGUGACUACGCUCUGCAUGUCGGCGUGACCUGGUGGGGCCCGAAGGUGCGCAGCGAGAUGGAGACCCUGGUGAGGGAGCACGGGGUGAACUCCUUCCAGAUGUUCAUGGCCUACAAGGACAUGAUGAUGCUGCGGGACUCCGAGCUCUACCAGACGCUCCAGACCUGUAAGGACAUCGGGGCCGUGGCACGAGUCCACGCCGAGAACGGAGAGCUGGUGGCAGAGGGGGCCAAAGAGGCUCUGGAUCUGGGCAUCAGUGGACCAGAGGGAAUCGAGAUCAGUCGCCCAGAAGAGUUGGAGUCUGAGGCGACUCACAGAGCCGUCACCAUAGCCAACAGGGCUCGCUGCCCCAUCUACCUGGUGAACGUGUCCAGUAUGGCUGCUGGAGACAUGAUCAGUGCUGCUAAGAUCCAAGGUAAGGUCGUGCAUGCAGAGACCACAGUGGCUCACGCGGUGCUGAAUGGGAUGCAGUACUACCACCAGGACUGGUCCCAUGCCGCCGCCCACGUCAUCGUCCCCCCCCUCCGCCUCGACCCCAACACACCCAACUACCUCAUGGGCCUGUUGGGCAAUGACACUCUGAGCGUCGUGGCGUCGGAGCACCGUCCAUUCAGCACCAAGCAGAGAGCUCUGGGAAAAGAGGACUUCACCAAGAUCCCUCAUGGAGUGGCCGGGGUCCAGGACAGGAUGAGUGUCAUCUGGGAGAGAGGAGUGGUCACAGGAAAGAUGGAUGAGAAUCGUUUUGUGGCCGUGACGAGCUCCAACGCCGCCAAGAUCUACAACCUGUACCCGCGCAAGGGCCGCAUCAUCGCCGGGGCAGACGCCGACGUGGUGGUCUGGGAUCCAGAUGCAACAAAGACCAUCUCGGUGAGCACUCAGGUGCAGGGCGGAGACUUCAACCUGUACGAGGGGCUGCGCUGCCACGGCGUUCCUCUGGUCACCAUCAGCCGCGGCCGCCUGGUGUGUGAGAACGGGGCGUUCAUGUGCGCAGCAGGAUCCGGGAAGUUCUACCCUCAGCGCACCUUCCCCGACUACCUCUAUAAAAAGAUGGUGCAGAGAGAAAAGACUCAGGGCUACAAAGGAGUGGACAGGGAUCCAUACUCUGGCGACGUGGCCAUGGUGGCGAACACCAUGAAGAAGGAGCUCGGAUUGGGACCAAUCGAUGGAGACUCAUCCAAGCUGGUUCCCCGGGGGCACCAGGGCGUCCGAGACCUUCACGAGUCGUCCUUCAGCCUCUCUGGCUCCCAGGUGGACGACCACGUCCCCAAGAGGUCCUCUGCUCGGAUUCUGGCCCCCCCCGGCGGGCGCUCCAGUGGGAUCUGGUAAUCCACCGGAGACGACCUCCAACCAUCCGAGCCUCCUCCAUGUUUUGUAUAUUUCUGAGCAACCAGGAAAACUGCACUGAUUUUCGAUUACUGACAAACUAACUGAAGAUUUGCCAAAGUGACUCUUACAAAUCUAAUUAGUGUCUUAAUUGGAGUGACUGAUCGAUUAAUUACACGAGAGUGAAGGGCUACCUAUGAAUUUGAAUGUUCUGCCAAAUUCAAGCUGACCAUGCUAACAUCGAUGAAGUCUGCUCAUUAUCACCCUGCUCGUAUCCCACCGGGAAAAAUAACUAAACAAACUGUGAAAGAUCAAAACCAGUACAGUUUUUGAUGGUUUGAACUGAAGUGAUGUCCAACGCAUUAUUUAAAAAAAAAAUAGUAAUAACUGGAUUCAGUGACAUAUCUAUUAUACCCCCGUCACACACACACACACAAGCGUACAGUUCACUGUAGACACCAUAGCUUUAGACUCAUGACGAUGUGUGUGUGUGUGUGUGUGUGUGUGUGGAUUCUGUUUGUGAUUAAACCCGCCCGCCGUGCUCGGCUUCCUGCCGCACCGUGGGUUUCCUCUAACAGUGUUUUUGUUUCCAAUGGACGAGCUGUGCCGUGUGGUGAUGACAUCCAACUGCUUUGUUCAGCCCUCUGAUCUUACAGCUACACGUGCAGUAAGAGCUGAUCCACCCUGAUACCUCACUGCCUCUGACUGAACAACACAUUCCCCACAGACAUCCCAGCCUCACCUGUAACAAAGCAGGUUCUGUAGCCUCGGUGGAACAACACAACCUGUGGGAAUCGAACUCCUUCAGCUCCGGUCCCUCGACAGCUGCCGUUAUGGAAACCUCGGCUUGUCUCCUGGUAUCUGCAUCGACCUCGCAGAGUGCUCUCGACCCUGAGGAGACGUCAGAAGGAUGUUGAGUGUGUGUGAAUUAAAGAUCAGAGUGAGAACAUAAACAGAGGAAUCACGGCUGCUGGUUUAACCUUUACAUUUUGACUGCUGCAAACCACCAGGGUCAUGUUUAUCAAAAUGUGAGUAAAACUAAGUGAGAUCAAAUAUGCUCACAUGGUUUUAUGCAGUGAACUAUUUUAAAUCCUGGAUAUUCUACAUUUGUGCAUUAAUCAGCUCAUCUGCACAAAGAAAUGUCCCAAAAAUGAUCUUAACGAUGAUGAUCAGCAGGCUGAGCAGCUUUAAAGCAUAGUCAGCCAUCUUUUAUAUUUGUGUUACUGUCAACAAAUCCCAUGUUGUCGUCGGAACUGGAUCCGACUGUUUGAGGGAUCGACUCAAAAUAAAUUACAAUGUGUGUGGAAAUGGUUGCAAAGACAAAUGUUGUGUGAUGUGUAUUUUUAAUAUAUUUUACCUCCAUGGCACGUAAUGAGCAAUAUGAGGCUUUGACUGUACAGAUGAUUUGUUAAUGGGACCAAUUUAUUCCUUGUUUUGAGUCUUUUCAUUGGGAUUUAUUGACAGUAAGAAAAAUCUAGAAAAAUAUACAGACAUUUCCAUCAAAUUAGGAAAAACGGGGGACAAAGAAAAAUAGUGAUUCUUCAAAUAGUGCUCUCUGUAUAGCCUCUAAUCUAAAGUUGCUCUAUAUAUGUGCACAUUACCAAGCACAAGAAUAAUCCUGAGAUCCUGCAUGUGGAGCCCGACAGUGAACUUCCUCUGUUUUUGUAAAGUGUGAUUGUUGUAAGAGCAGCGUGUCUCCUCAGAGCAGAAAGAUGGAGCUGCACCGGCUGAAGAAAAACCACGAGUCUCAUUCCUGCCUCACAGUAUUAUAUUUAUACAUGAUCACCUAUCCUUGCCUGUGUACUAUCUAUUUAGGGUGUUUGUUUUUGAUCUUUUAGUUGAAAGAAUAAAUGUGCCAACGUGAAUCACCCGUGCCACGCCGACACCCAUGCAUGAAGAGCACCGCGAGGAGGCGGAGGAGUCGAACGCCACAGGUUCACAACAACUGGUGCUGUUUUUUUUUACAAUAACCUGCGACGGCUAUACGUUAUUUUAUUGUUGGACGGUUUUGUUGUGUUGAAGGCACUGUGACUGGUCAGUGUGUGUUUGUAGACUGUUGUUGUGUUGGACAGUGAACCUGUUGAAUCUGUACGUGGCUGCUUGUUUCUUACCACAAGAAUAACAGCAAAGAAUAAAGUGAAAACAAAACCUC